AUGCAGCCAAGCAGUUCUUUUGAAAUUGAUUCGCAUGUGAAGGGAUAUCACGCUUAUUUAGAUGACUGGAAACCAUGCUGGGAGGAAGUUCUGCAAGCAAUACCAGAACCAAACAAUGCUGUAGAUAAAUACGCGGUGUGUGUCCUAAAAGAUGGUGAAGUGGUGGGCCAUUUGAAGAGAGAAAAACUUGGAUGCUUUGCUAAAACAAUCUUCUAUUUUCUUGAAGCAGACCAGCAUAGUUCCUGUAGUGUGAUCAUAAAAGCCGACAAAGCUGUUAACUUUGGGGAUGGAGAGGGGAUGCAA